AUGCCCCUACGGUGUGGCUCCAUGAGCCACAGCUACGGCCGACUGCGCUGCCUCACCCCAGGCUUCUCCCUCCGCUGCUGCCCAGCUCCGUGUGUGGCAGGCCCCACCCGCACAGAAACAUGCUCCUUCGGCCCACGGAUCCUCAGUGACAGCUACCUGAUGGAGGAUGGCACUGAGAACCUCCUGAUGCCAGCCUCCGAGGCCAGCAUUCCUAGGGAGGGGCAGCGGUGCCUGGCUGGGAGGGCCUCAGGUGCUGGAUGGUCCAUCUCUGCCAGCUUAGACCCAGAACGGACUACCAUCCUUGGAGAAACGCAAGAGGAGGAGGAGGAGAUCCUUCCAAGGAAAGACUAUGAGAGCUUGGAUUACGAUCGUUGUAUCAAUGACCCUUACCUGGAAGUCUUGGAGACCAUGGAUAAUAAGAAAGGCCGAAGGUUCGAGGCAGUGAAGUGGAUGAUGGUGUUUGCCAUUGGAGUCUGCACCGGUCUGGUGGGUCUCUUCGUGGACUUCUUUGUGCGCCUCUUCACCCAGCUCAAGUUUGGAGUGGUGCAGACAUCGGUGGAGGAAUGCAGCCAGAAAGGGUGCCUCGCCCUGUCCCUCCUCGAACUCUUGGGUUUCAACCUGACCUUCGUCUUCUUUGGGAGCCUUCUUGUCCUGAUAGAGCCCGUGGCAGCAGGUUCUGGGAUACCCGAGAUCAAAUGCUACCUGAAUGGCGUGAAGGUGCCCGGAAUUGUCCGUCUCCGAACCCUGCUCUGCAAAGCCUUCGGAGUGCUGUUCAGUGUAGCCGGAGGGCUCUUUGUGGGGAAGGAGGGCCCCAUGAUCCACAGUGGAGCCGUAGUGGGCGCUGGCCUCCCUCAGUUUCAGAGCAUCUCCUUCCGGAAGAUCCAGAUUAACUUCCCCUAUUUCCGAAGUGACAGAGACAAGCGGGACUUUGUAUCAGCAGGAGCAGCUGCCGGUGUCGCUGCAGCUUUCGGGGCUCCCAUUGGGGGGACCUUGUUCAGUCUGGAGGAGGCCUCAUCCUUCUGGAACCAAGGGCUCACAUGGAAAGUGGUGAGAACAACCUUCCAUGAGAACCCUAAACUUAACCAUUCCCCAGCUAUAAACUAGUUCUGACGAGACCAGCAUGGUCAACCAUACUGGAAACUCUUCUGUUCCAUGUGUGCCACCUUCACCCUCAGCUUCUUUCGUUCUGGGACUCAGCUUGGGGGCUGGGGCUCCUUCCAGCUCCCGGGACUGCUGAGCCUCGGCGACUUCAAGUGCUCUGAUUCUGAUAAAAAAUGUCACCUCUGGACAGCUGUGGAUUUGGGUUUCUUCAUCGUGAUGGGGGUCAUUGGGGGCCUCCUGGGAGCCACAUUCAACUGUCUGAACAAGAGGCUUGCGAAGUACCGGAUGCGAAACGUGCACCCGAAGCCUAAGCUCGUCAGAGUCUUAGAGAGCCUCUUGGUGUCUCUGGUAACCACGGUGGUGGUGUUCGUGGCCUCGAUGGUGUUAGGAGAAUGCCGACAGAUGUCUUCGAGUCAAAUCGGGAAUGACUCAUUGCUGCUCCAGGUCACAUUAGAAGAUGUGAAUUCAAGUGUCAAGACCUUCUUCUGUCCCAAUGAGACCUACAAUGACAUGGCCACACUCUUCUUCAAUCCCCAGGAGUCCGCCAUCCUCCAGCUCUUCCACCAGGAUGGUACCUUCAGCCCCAUCACUUUGGCUUUGUUCUUCGUCUUCUAUUUCUUGCUCGCUUGUUGGACUUACGGCAUUUCUGUUCCAAGCGGCCUCUUUGUGCCUUCUCUGCUGUGUGGAGCUGCUUUUGGGCGUUUAGUGGCCAAUGUCCUCAAAAGCUACAUUGGGUUGGGCCAUAUCUAUUCAGGGACCUUCGCCCUGAUUGGUGCCGCGGCUUUCUUGGGCGGGGUCGUGCGUAUGACUGUCAGUCUCACCGUCAUCCUUAUUGAAUCUACCAAUGAGAUCACCUACGGGCUUCCCAUUAUGGUCACUCUGAUGGUGGCCAAGUGGACAGGGGACUUUUUCAAUAAGGGCAUUUACGACAUUCACGUGGGCCUGCGAGGAGUGCCGCUCCUGGAGUGGGAGACAGAGGUGGAGAUGGACAAACUGAGAGCCAGUGACAUCAUGGAGCCCAACCUGACCUACGUCUACCCGCACACCCGCAUCCAGUCUCUGGUCAGCAUCCUGCGCACCACGGUCCACCAUGCCUUCCCGGUGGUCACCGAGAACCGCGGCAAUGAGAAGGAGUUCAUGAAGGGCAACCAGCUCAUCAGUAACAACAUCAAGUUCAAGAAAUCCAGCAUCCUCACCCGAGCGGGCGAGCAGCGCAGGCGCAGCCAGUCCAUGAAGUCCUACCCGUCGAGUGAGCUGCGGAACAUGUGUGACGAGCACGGGACCUCGGAGGAGCCGGCCGAGAAGGAGGACCUCCUGCAGCAGAUGCUGGAGCGGAGAUACACCCCCUACCCCAACCUAUACCCUGACCAGUCCCCGAGUGAAGACUGGACCAUGGAGGAACGCUUCCGCCCUCUGACCUUUCACGGCCUGAUCCUUCGGUCGCAACUUGUCACCCUGCUGGUUCGCGGAGUUUGCUAUUCCGAGAGCCAGUCGAGUGCCAGCCAGCCGCGCCUUUCUUACGCCGAGAUGGCUGAGGAUUACCCACGGUACCCUGACAUCCACGACCUGGACCUGACCCUACUGAACCCACGGAUGAUUGUGGAUGUCACCCCGUACAUGAACCCGUCACCCUUUACUGUGUCACCUAACACCAGCGUCUCCCAAGUUUUCAACCUGUUCAGAACAAUGGGGCUGCGGCACUUGCCAGUGGUGAAUGCUGUGGGAGAGAUCGUUGGGAUCAUCACCCGCCACAACCUGACAUACGAGUUUCUGCAGGCCCGGCUGCGGCAGCACUACCAGACCAUCUGAGGGCCAGCACCCUCUGCCAGAGCUCCCUGGGGAGGCGGCUCUCCAUGCCCCCCUGUCGUGGCUGGUGGGGGCUGCCCCAGGACAUGGCAGAUCCCCAUCACACACUCGCUUGGAAAGCCUGCAGUCAUCGAAUGCCCUGCUGGUCAAGAUCCUGGGGGUGGUUUGACCCGUCAGAGUUGGGACUUGUCUUACUUUCUCAGCAAGUAUCUUUCCGUUUCCUGUUCCCCGAGCUCUUCCAUCCAGAGUUGGCACAGGCCCCAGCCCCUCCACCCCACUAAUGCCAAGACUAGAGAGGGAGGUCAGGCCUCACCGUGGAGGGUGACACCUAGAGAGCAGUGUUCCUACCCCCUCUGCUGCUUUCCUGGGGGGGCGCAGCUGCUGCCUUAAACCAGGACGCGAGGGACCAUGCAAGCACUGGGGGAACACCAGUUGCAAAAUGAAGUGAAUUCCUAGUGCAGGAGCU